UUUGUUUUUAAAGCUGGCCAUCGUGCAUCAUGAUUGAAAAAUAGCUUAUAGACCAUGUCGGAUAUACCCAGGAUCGGAUUUCUUCCACGCAUUACAUCCCGUGAAGAUGGACCGUCUGUGAGAACAACUUUUCACCCCGUAGGUGAUUACGUGUCAAAAGGGGAUAUUCAAGAAUUAUUGGAAAAUGUUGCUGAUUUGAAUAAAAGAGUUUCGGGACUUGAAAAUACAAAUUGGGAACAGAAGGAAGAAAUACUCGGUUUAAAAACGGAGUUGAAAAGGUAUGUAAAGAGCAAUGAGCAGUUGCUGCGGAAAUUGGAAAAGACAUUGGCCGAGAAUAGGGAUAUGAAGAAAUGUUUUCAAAUGUUGCUUCAAAUUGCUGAAACCGAGCCUGGACUGUAUAAAUACAAAAGUUACUUUGAGAAAUUCACAUAUCAUGAAGAUCUCGAAGAAAAACUCUUGCAAUCUGGCGUGCAAAAGACGAACUGGUGGAAAAUUUUAGCUCUCGGCUUAGCCGGGGGAUUUAUUGGAGUGGCGGCGACAGUCGGUUUCGUUCCAAUGUUUAUUGUUGGAGCUGCCAUCGGAGGUGGCGCUGGUUACCUACAUGAAGAAUAUCGCCUUCGCAAUGAGAAAAAAUCCGAAUAGAGUUAUCGUAUUUUGUAACGAAUUUCUCACCGUGCUCCACAUUAGAAUGCAAAUCUUGUUAAUGUGAUAUUAAUUUUCGAUUUUUGUUUUAUUUCGAUUUGUUUUACAACUUUAAUUUACGUAUUAUAAGUAAAACCCACUCUCGGUUAUUAUUUAGGUAUCUUGGCUGUGUAUAUUUCAACUGAAUACUGUAUGAAAAAAUUGAUUUAGCAACCAAAUUUAUCAUUGCAAUAAAAAACUGUAU